CUGAAAAUUUUGCCCUUCUCAAUUUCCUUACAAAUUGCCCAAACCCCAUUUUUUUUUAUUGUGAUCAAGAUUUGAUUUUGUUUGUCUCUGUGUAUUAAACUGUAGAUUUUGAUUGUUGGGUAGUUGAGAUUUUUCGAAAAAAAUAGAACAAAAGUAUGAGUUUUCAAGAUUUGGAAUCGGGUCGACCUUUGGGGUCUCGUCGGUUCCAGACAAAUGGGAAGCAAGACCCAACCCAAGCAGUGGCUUCUGGAAUCUUCCAGAUCAAUACUGCUGUGUCUACGUUUCAGAGGCUAGUGAAUACACUUGGUACCCCAAAAGAUACGCCUGAGCUACGUGAAAAGUUGCACAAGACAAGGGUACAUAUUGGCCAGUUAGUCAAAGAUACAUCUGCUAAACUUAAGCAAGCAAGUGAAACAGAUCAUCAUGCUGAUGUCAGUACUAGCAAGAAAAUAACAGAUGCUAAACUUGCUAAAGAUUUUCAAGCUGUCUUGAAAGAGUUUCAGAAGGCUCAGAGACUUGCAGCAGAGAGGGAGACAGCAUAUACACCUUUCAUUCCCCAAGCCGUUCUUCCUUCUAGUUACACAGCCAGUGAGGUAGAUGUUGCUUCAGAUAAUAGUAUGGAACAGCGAGCUCUCCUUGUGGAAUCAAGAAGGCAAGAUAUUUUGCAUUUAGACAAUGAGAUUGCUUUUAAUGAAGCUAUUAUUGAGGAAAGAGAUCUUGGAAUACAAGAAGUACAACAACAGAUUGGUGAAGUGAAUGAGAUUUUCAAGGAUCUUGCCGUUCUUGUUCACGAGCAAGGAACUAUGAUUGAUGAUAUUGGCUCCAACAUUGAGAAUUCUCAUGCUGCUACUGCACAAGGGAGAUCACAACUUGCUAAAGCUGCAAAGACCCAAAGAUCAAAUUCAUCUCUGACCUGCUUGCUUCUGGUGAUAUUUGGGAUCAUACUUCUAAUUGUGAUCAUAGUACUUGCAGUAUGAUCAGAAGAUUUUGAUAUGGGAGGAAGAGAGAUCCUAAACUCUUCAUAAAUGGAAUUGAUCUUUUUGAUUCAAGAUGUUCUUAAGGCACCAUAAAGUAUACUUGUGGUUUGAUCCAUGAAUCUUUUAGUCAUGCUAGAGAAGUUGUGCAACUGUGACAUGAAGUUUCAUAUGCUGUGUGGUGGCGUGGGGGUGGGGGUUGACAUGCGAGGGAAGGUUUGUCUGCUAUGUUUGUAAAUUUUGUGUUUGUGUUUGUGUGUUGCUGCCAUGUAAUGGCUGGUUUGUUGAUAAAAUUUGUUUCUUAAAUUUCUUGCA